AUGAAAAUAACAACAUGGAAUGUCAGGGGUCUAUCAGCCCCUGACAAAAAAUGCUUGGUCAAGAGGGCUUUUCAAACAAUUUCAGGAGACAUCAUCAUGUUGGAAGAGACCAAGCUCAAUGAAGAAAAAGCUUUCUUUUUCAAAUCUUUAAGUAGGAUGUGGGAUAGUGUCUUUCAAGAGGCAAAAGGCUCCAUGGCUGGACUGGCGACUCUAUGGAAUCUAGAUAAAGUGGCAGUAGAAUUGAUUACUAAGCAAGAUAAUUGGAUGCACUGUAAAGCAAGAACAUUGCAGGAAGAUUUGGAAUUCUCCCUAAUCAAUGUUUAUGGACCGACAAAGACAGAGGAAAAGAAAAGGGUUUGGAAAGAAAUUACAGAUCAGAUCAGAAUGUUCGAUUCGGAGAAAACAAUUGUAGCAGGAGAUUUUAAUGCAAUCCUCAACAAUGAUGAAAAAUGUGGAGGUUUAAGAAUGAAUACCCGAGUGAUGGAAGAUUUCAGAGAUUUUGUAGAAAAUAAUAACCUUUUUGAUGUUGUUCCUAAAACUGGAAAUUUCACUUGGACCAAUAGGAGGGCAAACUUUUGA